GUGGUUGUUGGAGAUCAGGACGGAGUCAUUACGUGUUUUGGCAUAAAAAAAGGGGAAGCUGUGCCUGUGUUCAAGACACUGCCAGGCCAAAAAAUUGCGAGAUUGGAGUUGGGAGGAGCUCUUAAUACACCACAAGAGAAAAUCUUUGUGGCUACAGGAUCAGAAGUGAGAGGUUUCACAAAAAGAGGGAAGCAGUUUCUUUCAUUUGAAACUAACCUCACCGAAAGCAUCAAAGCUAUGCACAUUUCAGGAGCAGAUCUCUUUCUUUGUGCAAGCUAUAUCUAUAACCAUUACUGCGACUGCAAAGACCAGCACUACUACCUGUCAGGAGAUAAAAUCAAUGAUGUUCUCUGCCUUCCUGUAGAUAAAGUGAACGGCAUUACACCGGUACUUGCGUGUCAGGAUAGAGUCCUCAGAAUUUUACAGGGAUCUGAUUUACUGUAUGAAGUAGAAGUGCCUGGACCACCUACUGUUCUUUCUCUAAACAAUGGAAAUGGAGGUGAUUCUGGAGAAGAAAUUCUGUAUGGAACUUCUGAUGGUAAACUAGGUCUGAUCCAGAUUACUGGUUCCAAGCCAAUACCUAAAUGGGAAAUUGGAAAUGAAAAAAAGAGAGGAGGUAUCUUAUGUAUUGAUAGUUUUGACAUUCUGGGAGACGGCGUUAAAGAAUUACUCGUUGGGCGAGAUGAUGGAAUGCUAGAAAUCUAUAGCUUUGAGAGUGCAGAUGAUCCUGCCCUUCGAUAUGAUUAUGCUUUAUCAGAGAGCAUCGCAUCAAUCCAGGGUGGCUGUGUAGGAAAAGAUGGGUAUGAUGAAGUUUUAGCAUCCACAUAUUCAGGCUGGCUGACAGGACUGACUACAGAACCUGUCCAUAGAGAAGGUGGAUCAGGAGAAGAACUAAAAUUAAGUCAAGAAAUGCAGAGCAAGAUUUCAUCCUUAAGGAAUGAAUUGGAACACUUACAGAUGAAAGUACUUCAGGAACGUGAAAAAUACCAGCAGUCUUCUCAGUCCAGUACUGCUGUUUCCUCAGUACCCGCAUUUAGUGUGAAUGAUAAGUUUACAUUAAAUAAGGAUGACGCUAGCUACAGCCUCAUCUUGGAAGUGCAGACAGCUAUAGAUAACGUCCUGGUACAGAGUGAUGUCCCAAUAGACUUGCUGGAUGUGGAUAAAAAUUCUGCUGUUGUUAGCUUCAGCAGCUGUGAUUCUGAGCCAAAUAGCAACUUUCUUCUUGCGACUUACCGAUGCCAAGCAAAUACUACAAGACUUGAACUUAAGGUUCGAUCGAUUGAAGGACAGUACGGGACACUCCAAGCGUAUGUAACUCCAAGAAUUCAACCAAAAACCUGCCAAGUUCAUCAGUAUCAAAUUAAACCACUUUCGCUUCAUCAGAGAACUCAUUCUAUUGACCAGGACAGACCCAUGAAUACACUGACGCUCAAAGGCCAGUUCAGUUUUGCUGAAAUUCACUCCUGGGUUGUGUUUUGCUUGCCUGAAGUGCCUGAAAAGACUCCCGCUGGAGAGAGUAUCACCUUUUAUUUUCAGAACACCUUCCUGGGUACACAGCUUGAAAGUACUUACAGAAAAGGUGAAGGAUGUUUUAAGUCUGACAAUAUUUCUACAAUAUCCAUCCUAAAAGAUGUACUUUCUAAAGAGGCUACUAAAAGGAAGAUUAAUCUCAACAUAUCAUAUGACAUAGAUGAAGAAUCUGUGAGGCACACAUUAAAGCUUAUCCACCCUAAAUUAGAGUAUCAGCAGCUGUUGGCCAAGAAGGUUCACUUGAUAGAUGCUUUGAGAGUAAGUAUCUGAACUCCUGUGGAAGGAUUUUUAUGGGGGAUUAUGUUAUCAGACACCAAGCUGUACGGCUCAAGUCAGAUGUGUGUCAUACUGGUGUCUGUUCCGUUUCUGUUCCUAGGACAAGUAUUUUAAUUAUCUAGGAGACAGGCUUCUUCAAGUAAAAUUCCCAUUUGUACUAUAUAACUAGUG